CGUUCCUUUUGUAAAGGUCGCUCUUUCCUUCCCUUUCCCGGAACAUUAUUCUUUUCAGAUAUACUUUGUCAAGCCGCCAAAGUGGAGAGUGUCGUUGCUUCAGGGGGUCCUUCUCGUUUCAGUGUAGGGGGAGGAGGUGGGGGUGCACCGCAGCACUAUCCCAAGACUGUCGGCAACAGCGAGUUCCUGGGGAAAGCCCCAGGUUCUAGCGUUCAGAGAUGGUUACCUUCUCGAAGCACUAGACGAGAUGCCAACUCCUCCCACGAGAAAGGGCAAAAUGAUGCACUCUUUAGGAAAGUGAGAGGCAUACUUAAUAAACUGACCCCAGAGAAGUUUGACAAACUAUGCCUGGAGCUCCUCAAUGUGGGUGUGGAGUCAAAACAUGUCUUAAAAGGAACCAUCUUGCUGAUUGUUGACAAAGCCCUCGAAGAGCCAAAGUAUAGUCAGUUAUACGCUCAACUAUGUCUACGCUUGGCAGAGGAUGCCCCAAACUUUGAAGACCCAACAGAAAAUCCAGUAACAAAUAAGCAGAAUACUACCUUCAGACGGCUUCUGAUUUCCAAGCUUCAAGAUGAAUUUGAGAACCGCACCAGAAAUGUUGAACUCUUUGACACCGAUGACAGUCCACUCACCUCCGAAGAGGAGGAGCAGCGUUCUAUUGCAAAGGCCAAGAUGCUGGGCAACAUUAAAUUCAUUUCGGAACUUGGCAAACUUAACCUUAUUCAUGAAUCUAUCCUUCAUAAGUGCAUCAAAACACUUUUGGAGAAGAAGAAGAGAGUCCAACUUAAGGAUGUGGGGGAAGAUUUGGAAUGCCUCUGUCAGAUAAUGAGAACAGUUGGACCUAAACUUGAUCAUGAAAGGGCUAGGUCCUUGAUGAAUCAGUACUUCAGCCGCAUGCAAUGCUUAACGAACAGCAAGGAACUGCCAGCUAGGAUUCGUUUCCUGCUGCAGAACACAGUGGAGCAGCGAGCAAACAACUGGGCCGCUCGCAAAGCGUAUAGUGACAAUGGACCAAAGACGAUCAACCAAGUUCGUCAGGAUGCAGUUAAGGAUUUAGGUGUUUUCAUUCCACCUUCGAACGAUGGCAUGAGGAACGAAUUCUUCAUGGAAAACUCCUCCUUUCUGCCAACAAGGAUAAAGUUUGACAGAGAAACUCUUGGUGGGCUGGCAGAUAUGUUUGGACAAAUGCCUGGAAGUGGCAUUGGUACAGGUCCAGGAGUGAUUCAGGACCACUAUUCCCCUACAAUGGGACGUCACCGCACAAACCCGCUCUACAAUGGCCACAUUGGAAACAGCAACGGUUCACACCCGCCUCAAUUUGAAGGUGGAAGCAAACCGUUUAUAAAACCAAACCAGGGGCAGGGUUCACCAGUUUUCAACCACAAACAGAAUCACGCUGUGCAGAUGCAGUCUAAGGAUAUGGCGCCACGAUUUGUCAAGAAGGGGAAGGUCAAUGCUGAUGAGAUCAGCCUAAGGCCGGCCCAGUCCUUCAUCUUAAGUAAAAAACAAAUCCCAAAGCUGCAGCCACAGAUGACUUUGAUUCCUUCAAGUGCCCACGGUUCCACACUUGGACAGUCUCCACAGCUUGGCCUGAAAAUCAAUCCCCCUCCAAUUCAGGAAAAACCUGCAAAGUCUACCAAAAAGGCUCCUCCUACAAAAGAAGAGUUGCGUAAAAUAACAGAGACAUUGGUGGCAGAUUACCUGAACAACAAGAACAUCGAUGAGGCGGUGAAUGCUGUGAGGGAGAUGAAGGCUCCAAAGCACUUUUUGUCUGAGAUGCUGAACAAGAUCGUGGUCUAUUCCCUUGAUCGUUCCGAUGAGGAUAAGGAGCAUGCAAGCAGCCUGGUCCUUGCGCUCUGCACAGAGGGUCUUGCCACCGGUGAAAAUCUAAUGCAGGCCUUUUUGAGUGUUCUGGACCAGUGUCCCAAGAUUGAGGAAGAAGUGCCGCUGGUGAAGUCCUACCUGGCACAGUUUGCGGCACGCGCGAUCAUCACUGACCUGGUCAGCAUUGCAGAUUUGGCCCAUCCUCUGGAGAAUGGCGCACAUUUCCCUCUAUUCUUGCUCUGCCUGCAGCAGAUGGUCAAACUGAAGGACCGUGACUGGCUAGCUGAAAUGUUCCAGCUGAGCAAAGUCAACAUGCAGAAGAUGCUACCUGAAAUUGACCAGAACAAGGACCGGAUGCUGGAGAUUCUGGAUGGCAAAGGUCUCAGCUUUUUGUUUCCACUGAUGAAGCUGGAGAAAGAGCUGCUGAAGCAGAUCAAAGUAGAUCCCUCUCCACAGUCAAUCUACAAGUGGAUCAAAGACAACAUCUCUCCUAAACUCCACACUGACAAAGGCUUUGUCAACAUCCUCAUGACCAGCUUCUUGCAGUACAUUGCUUAUGAGAUCAACCCUGACGACGAUGAAGAGCAGCUGUCAGCGCCCAGUAAGGAGCAGCAGGAUGAGGAAAAGCAGCAGCUGCUGGCUUUCAAGCCAGUGAUGCAGAAGUUCCUACACGAUCACAUUGAGCUGCAAGUCGGUGCGCUGUAUGCGCUGCAGGUUCACUGCAAUACUAAGGGUUUCCCCAAAGGUAUGUUACUGCGCUACUUUGUUAACUUUUAUGACAUGGAAAUAAUCGAAGAAGAAGCCUUCCUUUCUUGGAAAGAAGAUGUCACCCAAGAAUAUCCAGGGAAAGGAAAAGCAUUAUUUCAGGUGAACCAGUGGCUGACCUGGCUGGAGACUGCUGAAGAAGAGGAAUCUGAGGAUGAAGAUUACUGAGGAGCAGGCCAAAGCCAUGUGUUAUCAGGAUGCAAUGAAUACUUUUUUUACUUGUCUCAUAAGCCCUUCCCAGUCUCAACCCCAACACCUUCCCUCCCCUUGUUGAUGAAUAUUUUCCAACCACUGUUACAAUUCAUUCCUCUAUGAAAUGUUUCGCCAGAUCAAGCCAGCAUCACCAUUAUAUUCAUAGUAUUUAUGCUUUCCUUUCUUUUCCAUCUAAGUUGAUGUCCUGCAGUGGUGGUUUUAUACAUUGCAAUAUUGGGUUAUGUUUUCUUUAACAGUAGGCAGUAUUUUCUAGGAAACUGUACCAGCACCAACACCUGACCCAUUGUAUCACCGUUUCCAUCUGGUAGGAGUCACUAAGUGCUGCCAUAACUAUUUACUUAAAAACUGUUUACAAAAGAAGUCUCUAACAUACUGCAACGAGAUUUUUCUCAUUGCUUUAUCCGCAUUUGUUAAAUCAGUUUUUAGAUGACCCUUGCUCAACAUCAUGAGUCGUUGCAAUAGUAAGAUACAAUUUCCUUGUUUGUUGAUCCUGAAUUGCGGUUUUUGGCUGCCAUAAUUAUAAUGGUUUUAUGUGCUUGAAAGCAGACCAUUUAUUUCCUGAAAAUUCAUAAAGAUCUAGAUUUGGAUAAUGGGCUGUUUUGAUUUGCACAGUGUGAUUUCAGUUACCCACAUUUAGAUUAAUAAAUCAAGAGCUUUUUUUUAAAUGUACAAAUCGUUUGUGCUGUUGGGAAUGAAUCUGUGUGGCCUUUUAAUUUAUCAAUUCAUAUGGAUAUACCUCUUAUGUAUCUCGGACUAUACUUGAAUGUCUCGGGUUUUAUCAUUGAGACAGCCAAAGCUUAGUUUCUUGUGCCACAGUUGUUCACCACCAUGCGUGGAUAUUUUACGUCGGUUUGCCAUAUUUGUCGAGUUUUUAAAUGGUCUUUUUAAUCUUCAUGAAAUUACAAAGAAUGUACUGUAUGUGUACACCUUUUCCUUCUCUUGGGAUGUCACUGUAAUGUAAGUGCAAGAAGUUCAGUGUACAACUACAGCUCAACCUUGAAUAAAGUUUAACAGUUCA